AUGUCUGACUCUGUGCCAAAGUUUGGCAGCUUUAGACCUAAAAGCAAAGCACCAGAACCCGGGUCUCUUAAAGCGAGUAUAGUUGAGUUCGACUCGGACCCAUAUGACGCAGAUGUACGACGGCGGCACACUGGACGUGUGCAACGAAAGCGCGCCGGUGACAAUCGUGAAGACCUGACUUACCGAGACCCAGAAUUUCGCGCUCUGGAAAGCUCCAAGACGAGUCGACGCCACCGCGAUUACGAACGGCGGCAUGGAGACGACGACAAAGAUGCGCUCUCAAGUCGCGCCAGCCGCAUCACAGCAGCUGAUGAGCUCGCUGAAUCCGAUGACUACUUCGUGGACCGGCGCGGCGACACCAAGAAUGUCGAGUAUGGUACUCUGCAUCGCUACAGUGUGCCACAGUACCACCGCGCAGGCUACGGAAGGCUUCUCGGGCUGUCAAGUGUGAAGAUCGAUAGAGACGAGAGCACUGACAAGCACAUUGUUCUCUCACGUCCUGCCUCAAACCGCAACGAACAAAACCGCAGCCUCCUUAGCACACAUCGUAGCACAACUCACAAGGAAAAGCACUACCGUGUUGUUCUGCCCGAAACCUCCACCAAGCCCUUAGACGCUAGCGCCGAUUAUAUGCAUCUCUGCGCUACCGCAAGCCGGAAGCGUAAGCGUGGCGACCAUGAUGGAGAUGACAGAUACUCCUCGCGCCUGGAUGUCGAUUACAGAUCAAUCGAGGGCAAGGCGAAGUCAGAACAGCAGCCUCAAGACGAGGAUCUGCUGGAAGAUACUGACUCGGAUGAUGUCGCUGAGGGGCAUGUCGCGAGUGAGGCGCGUCGACGAAACGCCGUGCUAACGAAAGCAACAAAGGAGCGGCCGACGGACACGAAGGUCUGGCUUGCCCUCAUCAAUUACCAGGCCCAACUCAUCAGAUCCCACGUCCCGAUUGACCGCUACACACAUGCGGAGAAGCGUGCUCUGGCUGAUAUACGGCUGUCGAUAUAUGACCAAGCAUUGAAACAGGUACCAGCUGGUAGUGCAGAAUCUGAAGAUCUUGUCUUAGGCAUGCUCGAACAAGGCACAAUACUUUGGGAGGGUUCCAAACUCGCAUCGAGGUGGGGUGAAGUCCUCGCGCAAAAUGCCGGUAGCAUGAGGCUUUGGACGAAAUAUCUGGAUUUUGUGCAGACUGAUCACAACUCUUUUCGCUUCGAGAUAUGCAAGGCGACGUACCUCAACUGCUUCACUGUGCUGGGCAAGGCUCGUAAGUCCACUGCAAACGCUGAGCUUGAGGCUGUAAGCGAGGUACAAGUGUAUGUCCUGCUGCGCUAUACCAUCUUCCUGCGCGAUGCAGGCUACGAUGAGCUAGCUUAUGCGAUCUGGCAGAUAUUGCUUGAAUACCAUUCCUUCAAGCCUUCUGGAAUGGACUGUGUUGAGCAGGCUUUGGAGCAGCUAGAGGAGUUCUGGGACAGUGAUGCUCCCCGGAUUGGCGAGACGGGAGCUCAGGGCUGGCAGUGCAGUUUUGGUAGCAACAUUAAACGCGCGAAGGCAGUAUCGCCGCGCAAUGGGUCUCAUGUGACGGCCACCAGUGUCUUAUCCCGGCUGCUGGAGGGCGAGCAGGAUACAUUGGACGAGCUGCAGCUCCCAGCUACAAACGACGACGAUGAAAUUAUUGACGACCCUUACUGCUACGUAAUGUUUGCGGACAUACGUGAGAUCGUGGAGCAGUUAAAUGGACCGUUGCCGACAUAUAUGCUGAUCCGCGCAUUCUUUGCGUUUCUUCGGCUUCCAACCGUGGCGACAAGUGAUGGCGACAGUAGCUGGCAAACAGAUCAAUUCAUCUGUUCGCCUGGAGUGGACCAUAGCCUAGCCGUCCAACGCCUCGAAAUGACCACGACAGAGCUUUUCACGACCGCAUUCGACGGUUGCGAGAAGCACAGCCCCAGCCAAGUAUUGUUUGUCGACCGAGCCAUAAGUCUACUCAUCAGCGCCAAGCCUGACGACGAGUGCCUAGCAGAGUACUAUCUGGCUUUCAAGCUAGCUCUCAUGCCAUACGAGGCAGUCAAAGCAGCAAAGAAGCUAUUGAAAGCUCGUCCUUCAAGCUUGAGACUGUACAAUGCAUAUGCACUUGUUGAAGCGAAGCGAGGACGGAUAGAAAAGGCCGUGGAGGUAUGGUCGACGGCUCUAAAGAUGAGCGCUAGCUUCCAAGAUAGCGAGCAGGACAACAGCGUCCUGUUGUGGCAUAGCUGGCUACACACGCUCAUUAACCGGGACAGCAAGGAUGCCGCUGUGGUACAGGUGAUAUUAGCCAUGUGCGACAACGACGCUGAUCGUGCAAGGCGCAUCUCGGAUUCUAGUGCUGAAGUCUCCGCCUCCCAGCGAAUCAAGGCCAAGCAGCUCCUCGAGGCUGCCUUCGAACGGAUGGUGUACAAGUCUCAGCUGGAUCUAGCAGCCAUGUUUGCAGACUGCCAUAUGUGGUUCGAGUACUUCGCCGUCGACCACUCACUGGAUCACGCACUUGAAAUACGCAAGCAAUACACGGUAAGGCUUAAAAGGCAUGUCUCGUACGCGAGAGCCGCAGAGGAGGUACUGCUGCAGUCUCACGCACAUCUCAUACAAUAUCACCUGGACCAUCAUCGGCCUUACAAGCCAGCUGCAUUGCGUGCCGAAGUAGCAGACGGACUCGCAGCUUUUCCUAACAACAGCUAUCUUAUCAAGCUCUACCAAUGCUUGAGUGCAAGUACUCGCAUUGACGACCAUAUCCGCGCCUCGCUGCACCACGAUUUGGUGACUGGACCUGAAGCAACGAUCGUAGGCUGGUCUCACGCUAUUGACCAAGAGCUACGGCACUACCGAGAUGGAGAAGCUACAGGGUCGACUCAGAACUCGGUGCGCAGUAUCUUCUCUCGUGCUUUAGCUACGCCAGAAAGUAGAGUGAGGCAUUCGGUGCUGUUAUGGAAGUCGUGGCUUCAGUUCGAGAUGUCUGUGGCAACGCCCUCCUCUGAUUCGCAGCGGACGAAGGGGCUGGCGAGGGCUAAGCAGGUCUUCCUUGACGGGCUGAGAGCUUUGCCUUGGUCUAAAGCUUGGACUUUCGAAGGCUUGACUGUCUUUUUAAAGGAGGGUGGCAUGACUGACAACGAAAUGAGGAUGGUGAUCGAGGUCGUGCGCGAGAGGGAAUUGAGAGUACGAAUGUCCGUAGAUGAGCUGGACGAGGAGGCUGUCGCUGCUUAG